GCUGCGGCCAUUGUCGUUCCUCGGUCGUCGUGCUCCGAGCACGACUUUUGGACUUUUUCGCCGUUCAAGUUCGAGUCCAUCAUACGUUCAACUGAGCAAGCGACGAGUGUAUAUACUCGGGUAUCAUGAACCGCUAUCAAUCUAGAUGAAUUUUGGCCAAGACGUCGUUAUCAAGCGGACUCCUAUCGCUCGGCGCAUCUUAUCUGAUCUCAGUCUUUUAGACACUUCGAAACUUAAAACAUGCCCAGUCCCACGGCCUCUAUCGAGGACAAGUCGAACGGCGGACCGGAUACCGAAGCCAAAGUAGCUCUCGACUACAACAAUGAAGCUUCCAUCAGUCCAUACAAUGAAGCCAGCGAGAACAAGCGUCAGAUCGGGGUUGUCUCAGCUACAUUCCUCAUCUUCAAUCGGAUCAUCGGGACCGGUAUCUUUGCCACCCCAUCAGCCAUUCUCAGUCUAUCAGGAAGUGUGGGGUUGGCCCUGUUCAUCUGGGUCGCAGGAAUGUUGAUCGCUGCGGCAGGAAUGAUGGUGUAUAUGGAGUUUGGGACGGCCAUUCCGAAGAACGGCGGAGAAAAAAACUACCUGGAGUUCGUAUACAGACGACCCAAGUUCCUGGCGACCGCAGUCUUCACCGGCUACGUCGUCCUGCUCGGCUGGGCUGGGUCCAACUCGGUCGUCUUCGGAGAAUAUAUCCUACACGCCGCCCAAGUGCCCGUCGACCGCUGGAACCAACGAGCCGUUGGACUGGCUUGUAUCACCUCGGCGUUUCUCAUCCACGGCUGUGCCUUGAAAUGGGGUUUACGAUUGCAGAACCUCUUGGGUGUCAUCAAGCUGGCUAUUAUCCUCAUUAUCGUCGUCGCCGGAUGGGCCGCACUCGGUGGAGCGCUCAAGGUCGACCCGCCCAACAACUUCUCUAACGCUUUCGAGGGAACAACCGGGAGCGCCUAUGGGAUCGUCACCUCGCUCUACAACGUGAUCUGGUCCUACAUCGGGUACAGCAACGCCAACUACGCCUUGUCCGAGACCAAGAACCCCGUCCGCACACUCAAGAUCGCCGCGCCCCUCGCUCUGGGUUCUAUCGCCGUCAUGUACAUGUUCGUCAACAUCGCCUACUUCGCCGCGGUGCCCAAGGCGGAGAUAAUCAGUUCCGGUCGGAUCCUCGCCGCUUCGUUCUUUAGGAACGUAUUCGGUGAAAAGGCAGAGAGGGCGCUUAGUGUGUUCGUGGCGUUGUCGGCGUAUGGAAACGUCCUCAGCGUGAUCUUUUCGCAGGGUAGAUUGGUUCAGGAAUUGGGCCGUGAAGGAAUCCUGCCCUUCUCCCGGUUCUGGGCGAGCAACAAGCCGUUCAACGCCCCCUUGGCUGGGUUGUUCGAACACUGGGUCGUGUCGGUGAUCAUCAUGCUGGCUCCUCCGCCUGGCGACGCUUACAGCUUCAUCCUCAACGUAAUCUCCUACCCCCUCGCCAUCGUCAACGCCUUUGUCGCGCUCGGUCUCGUCUACCUCUACUUCCAUCGAGAAGAAUACAGCUUCCACCCUCCCGUCCGAGCCACUUUGCCUAUCGCCAUAUUCUUCUUCCUAUCCAACAUCUACCUCAUCGUCGCUCCCUUCGUCCCGCCUUCAGAAGGACAGAACGUAUACGAACACCUGCCGUACUACCUCCAUUGCGUGGUAGGGUGGGGCAUCAUGUUCGCCGGGGCAGGGUACUGGGUCAUCUGGGCGGUCAUCAUGCCCAAGAUCGGCAAGUACGAGUUGGUCAGGGAGACGGUGAUCGAUGAGAUCGACGGGUGGGAAGGGCACGUCUUCAAGCGGGUCCCGUUGAGACAACGAAAGGCUGGAAGUUCCCCCCAGGAGGAUGGUUUCGAGAUCUAGAGUAGACCGGGUCUAUGUGAGGGUACUUUGGAUCAGUCAGGUCGAGAUGCUUAUAAUCUCAGUGAAUAUAUGUACCUAUGUAUAUGAUGUAUUUGUAGGGAUACCAGGAUAUACCGUCAGC